CUGAUGCUGAGCGUGUCGGAUGAAUAGGAGGAGGAGGAGGGGCGCGUCACGGACUGCAGAGUGCUGGAUGGACGCCACGGCGGCAGUGAUGAGCAACUUGUGAAACAUCUGCUCCCCUCCAAGUGUGCUUCUUCCAUCGCGAGGAGGAGGAGACGCGGGGAUGGAAGAGCACGCUCUGCCGGGAGCCGAGGAUGCCGCUUCGGCGCCCGCUGCGCCCGCUUCUCCUCAUCUCCUUGUCCUUUCGGAACCAGGGUGGCUCGGUGGCUUUGCCCUCCCCCCUUCUUCCUCUAUUAACUGAUGCGGGGCAGAGGAGGGGGUGAGCCACAGCCAAAGCGUGCACCGGAUAUUGCAAAAGCCGCCCUGGAUGCCGCCGCUGUGAUGCUACGCGAGCUUCUUCUGGACUGACGUCGAAUGAGCACAUGAAGACAGACGAGAGGACAUCAAACAUUGGGAAAUGUAUUUUUGACGCGAGGAGGGAGGAGGGGGGGGCGGGGGUCCCUGGGAUCGAUUGAGGCAUUGUGACUUGGGAUAUUUGAGACUACUGUGCACUUCCCGAAAUCAAUCCGCUCGUCUUCCUGUCCGCCACUCCGCAUCACUCAAAUCUGGAAUUUGGAAGAGCGAGGGAGCGAGGGAGCGAGCGAGGGAGCGAGGGAGCGAGGGAGCGAGCGAGCGCGGGGGCUCUUCGCGGUUUGCGGGCGCCUCCGCCGUCGCGUCAUCCUCCUCUGAUCUACACGUUUUUCGACGUACCAUCCCGGGAAAGCCCACAUCGGCAGUUCAUUUUUUGGGGGUUUCAGUACAUUUCCAUUGAAUCGGGUCGGGGGGCUGAACAUCCCGAGGCUUCCACGCGGGCCAAAUGGGAGUCGCCCGCAGGGCCCGGCGUUAGAUCGACGCCCAAGUCUCCUGGGAUGAGCCGACGGCGCUGGUGAUUCUGCAAUGUCGGGCAAGAUGAGCAGCAAGGAGCCGGGCCAGUCCAGCCAGUAUGUGGGGCCUUACCGGCUGGAGAAGACCCUCGGGAAGGGGCAGACCGGACUGGUGAAGUUAGGUGUCCACUGUAUAACUGGACAGAAAGUGGCCAUAAAGAUUGUCAACAGAGAAAAACUGUCAGAAUCAGUUCUCAUGAAGGUGGAGAGAGAAAUAGCUAUUCUGAAACUAAUUGAGCAUCCUCACGUUCUGAAGCUGCAUGAUGUCUAUGAAAAUAACAAGUAUCUGUACCUGGUGUUGGAGCAUGUGUCUGGUGGAGAGCUCUUUGACUACCUGGUGAAAAAGGGCAGGUUGACCCCCAAAGAGGCCAGGAAGUUCUUCAGACAGAUCAUCUCCGCUCUGGACUUUUGCCACAGCUACUCCAUAUGUCACAGAGACUUGAAGCCUGAGAAUCUUCUCCUGGAUGAGAAGAACAACAUCAGGAUAGCAGAUUUUGGCAUGGCCUCAUUACAGGUUGGAGACAGUCUCCUUGAAACUAGUUGUGGAUCCCCGCAUUAUGCUUGCCCUGAAGUAAUAAGGGGGGAGAAGUAUGAUGGCCGUAGGGCAGAUGUCUGGAGUUGUGGAGUCAUCCUUUUUGCACUUCUCGUGGGCGCGUUGCCGUUUGACCACGACAACCUACGGCAGCUUCUUGAAAAGGUGAAAAGUGGAGUAUUCCAUAUGCCCCACUUCAUACCACCUGACUGUCAGGCGUUGCUCAAAGGAAUGAUAGAAGUCAACCCUGACAAGAGACUCACGCUCGAAGCAAUACAAACCCACGCCUGGUACCAGAGUGGUCGGAAUGAGCCGUGCCCCGAGCAGCCCCCUCCCCGUCGUGUAUGUGUGACAAGGGUGCUAUCGUUGAGCGACCUGGACCCUGAUGUCUUGGAAAGCAUGUACUCUUUAGGUUGCUUCCGGGAUCGGGUCAAACUCACACGGGACCUUACAAGUGAGGAAGAGAACCAGGAAAAGAUGAUUUACUACCUCCUGUUGGACAGAAAAGAGCGCUAUCCCACCUAUGAGGAUGAGGAUCUUCCACCGAGAAAUGACGCCGGUAACAAAGUUACCUUUAACUGUUUUAUUGUGGAUUGUGCCUCAGCCAUUAAACAACGUGUUGUCAAAGAUCCACCUAGGAAGCGUGUGGACUCACCUAUGUUGACCCGACAUGGCCGCUGUAGACCAGAGAGGAAGAGUCUGGAAGUUCUCAGUGUCACUGAACAGGGCUCGCCCACUCCGCCCCGCAGGAACCUGGACACGAAUGCACACAGCCAAAGGUCUCGUUCGGUGAGCGGAGCGUCCACAGGUCUGUCUUCUAGUCCUCUCAGCAGUCCCAGGAGCCCGGUCUUCACUUUCAGCCAAUCAGAAGUCACCUCAGCUUCCUCCUCUAAAGAUCCCAAACCAGCGACUGCAACCGCCCCUCGGCCUAUCCGCCCAGCGCCCGACCCCAAAACUCAGACCCUGCCGUCAAAGGGCCCCGCUGACCGCCCCCAUCUUAACUCCAUGAAGUCCCUCCCUCUCCAGACCCCACGCACUCCAUCACCAUCCCCCUCUCCUCUUCUCUCUCCCAUCCCACGCUUUUUCAACUUCCCUUCUCCGUCUGUCUUCAAGUCCAAGAAUGCCCACUCGUCCACUAACUCCUCUGCCACCGCUCCUCCUGUGUCGCAGGUCACGCCACAAGGCUCACCACUCCCCACCCCGUUGGGCACACCUGUACACCAAAUCCAACACCCUUCCUCCACAACCCCUCCCUCCUCUUCCUCCUCAUCUUCUUCUCCCAGAGGGGAUGCGUCUGGAGGGGCUUCUCUGUCACUGACACCGCCCUCCAGCCCAGGUAGCAGUGGCGGCUUGGCCUCCUCUAGCUCCGCCCACUGGAGAACUAGACUCAACUCUUUCAAAAACAACCUUCUGGGCUCGCCACGCUUCCACCGCCGCAAACUCCAAGUCCCAACAUCAGAGGACAUGUCCAGUUUGACUCCAGAGUCCAGUCCAGAAUUGGCGAAGCGGUCCUGGUUUGGAAAUUUUAUCAGUCUGGAGAAAGAGGAGCAAAUCUUUGUUUUAAUUCGAGACAAACCCCUCAGCUCAAUAAAGGCAGACAUCGUCCACGCAUUUCUCUCUAUCCCUUCCCUCGGUCACAGUGUUGUGUCUCAGAACAGUUUCCGGGCAGAAUACAAGUCCUCUGGUGGGCCCUCCGUCUUCCAGAAGCCUCUCAAGUUCCAAGUUGACAUCGGCUACUCGGAGGGAGACAGAGAGCUGGAAAGGGAGCGAGCAGAGCGGGAAGGCAGAAGGGCAUUGGGCAUAUACAGCGUCACCUUCACCCUAAUAACAGGUCCUAGUCGCAGAUUCAAGAGGGUGGUAGAAACCAUUCAAGCCCAACUUCUUAGUACUCAUGAUCAGCCUUCUGUGCAGGCACUGGCUGAUGAGAAGAACGGCAAACCCUCGCGCCAGCCCAGCACGCCUUCACGUCAGAAUUCCAAGCGUUCCGAAAGCGGAUCGGAUCGGUCCGAGAAGGAGCGUGCGGCGGAUGCGGCGAGUGGAAGCGGCAGCAACGGUGGCAGCAUCUUACAAAGGCAAGGGUCAGGGAAAGACAAGGCCAGACUUCUCUCGACAUCCAAUGGGACACAGUCGCACCCCUGAGAAGAAUGCUUUGAAGACCCUCCUCUGUCCGUUAUUCUAGCCAGAUCCUUUCAAUCCUCUUUUCUCCUUUCCGCCAUCGGUCCGCUAGCGACAGAUUGGAGAAGGGAAAAGAUUUGACUUAAUGCUCAGUGGAAGUGCUGAUCUUUUCUCAGUCCUCAAGGACAACUCGGAAGCAAGAUCCCCCCCACACACACACUUUAGCAGAAAAUCUCACAAGAAAAACACUUUCACUCGCUAAUGAAGAAAGCACAUGACCUGCUCACUAACGUAUUGGAUGCUUCACAUAGUUCACUGCUGCAAACCUCUGAUCGACGCCCAAUGACGGAGCACCUCGAGACGUCUUCGUUAUCAUCUCCUCAACAUUACCUUGCGCCUAACUAACAUGGCGAGUCACAUGAUCUUAUGGAAUGUCUAUUUAAAAUGAGCAAAAAAACGAAAUGGAGAAGAACUGGAUGGGUCUGGAUUCAAUAAGGUUUCUCGAAAAGCAAAGGGAUGCUGUAUUUUAGCAAAAACAAAGUGAAAUGGCUGAUGAAAACACAUACAGACAUCACAGAGGAUGGAUCUGAUGGGGCCCUUCGCAUACUGGCUGUGACCUGUUUAUCAAAAAUCUUGUCCUCGAGUGUAUGAGAUUCAUUACGUCUCACGAUUAUUUCUGAAUUCUAACGAUAAACGCUAUGAUACCGUAUUGCCUUUAAUGGAGGAGAACUAGUGGAUCGCCAUUUCGAUUCAUCCCCGUUUUCCACUCACGGGCUCUCAAACAAAAAAGUCUGUUAGAUGCUAGAGAGGGAGACAAAACAUAAUGGAUCACAACAGCUAAUCGAGGGACAAGAAAAGUAGCAGAAAGCAUCUUCAAUCAACUUCGAGAUGACAAUGAAAGUGGUUUUAUUUAUUGUCUUGUUGAUGACCUGGAUGUAGGUGUGGUGAUCUGUUUAACCUUAUUUUUCACUGUAGUUCGCCCCUUUAUGUAGAUUGCGAUUCCAGCAGCGAACUAAAUCCGCAGCCCUGGUUCAAUUCUUAGCUUCGGACACGACAUUGCAGUCUGGCCAACACGUACUCGUUGAUCUUGGCCUUUAAUAGCAGCUUGAGUUUCACGAGACAUGUGGAGAAAAAAGACAACCGGCUGCAAGACUUCCAUUCUGCUGGAUGUCAAGUUCAAAAGAAAGAAGAUUGAAAUUGUAACAUAACCAAUAUUCUUUAUGCACCAUUUGAAAGGAGAUAUUUUGCAACUAGAAUUACAUUUUCACGUUGAGCUCCAACAGCCACUGACUGCAGCUUUAUUUCGACUUGUCUGUGUUUUUAUUUCACGACGCUACCAGAUAGCAUGUUACUCUGUUUUUCUGUUGCUCAUAGUUACGUUAUUUACUGCGAUAUUUCACAAAAACAAAAGAAUAUUCGCUGAUUUGAUUCAAUGAAACUGCCAAGACUUCAGAUACAUUUGGAAAAGUUAUUGCUUUCAGAAAUACGUCAAUAAUCAUAAAGAAAGAAAAGAAAUGAACUAUCCACAUUUAUCGUCCCAAAUCAAACUGGCGAGUAAUGAGAAAUCCGAAACCAUCGAAAAACAACCGUUGCUUUUUGUUUUUCUUUUCAUAAUACGACUCUGGACAUGGCACGAUAAUGACAAAUGAUGUAUUGCUCGCAAAGGGCAAAAAAGAACACACAAAUGUAAAACACAUUGAUUGUGAUGUGUCUGUCAUUGUAAAAAUGCUGCACACAAAUUGCUUGGGGGAGGAAAGGCAAUAGAAAAUUCAAGCCACAGGGAAAGAAUGAUUGUUUUCCUUUUUUGUACACAACUUCGGUCUUUCAGUGUUUUCAUGCCACCAGCAAAAGAGGCAGUAUCAAUAUGAAUGUUUAUCAUUUCAAUAUUGACCUAUUUUAUUUUUUCAAUUCUGUAUUCACAGUCUGUAUUAGUUGAGCUUACGAUGCUCCUUUACUGAGCAUAAUAGCUUUUAAAAUUGUGAAAAUGAAUGCUGCAAAAACACUUCCCAGUGUUAUUAUGUUGUGUUGUUUAUUUUGAACCCACAAUCUGUCCCAUGUGUUAAUGUUUGCUACUGUGAACAACUUACGCCUCCAAAGAUAAAAAAUGUCCACUCGUACACGGCGAGAGAUAAACUUAAGACUUUUCUGUUAUCUGUUGUUGUCUUGGACACUCUUGGCAAAAGAGAGCACGAGCUACUGUAUGUUUCUGGAAUGUAAAGAAAAUGAGUGCAAAUGUGCAUGUAACACUGUUCAAAUCACAGGCACUCCACCUUUCCCCAAAAAUUCUACAUCAUUUGUAGCUACUCUAUAGCAGAGUAUGGCAGCGGUCUUUUGAGUCCUCCCAAAAACAUCGAUUGAGAUUAUGUUUUCAUUUUCUUGGUUUCAAUAAAUACAUUGCUGGAUGACAUGA